AUGCUGGUGUACGUGAGGGUCAGUCAGUGGGACGACGUCAUGUGCCGCGUGACGAAGGACGACAUCCCCAUGUACCUCAGGGAGCGCUUGGAGGUUGAGCAGCGUGAGAAGGAGGCGCGCCAGAAGGCCAAGGCGGAGGCCCACCUCUACUGCAGCGUGCGGCUGGCGCGGGACGCAGACAUGGCGGAGCAGGUCGGCAAGCGUGGCGUGUAUUUUGACCUGGUGGACUACGACAAGCUGCCUGAGGCCUCCACCCUGAGGGUGCGCAAGCACACCAAGUUUGGUGACCUCAAGAAGCUGGUGGCGGAGCGGCUGGGGGUGCCGGUGGAGAAGCAGCGCUACUGGACCUGGACCAAGCGCCAGAACAACACCACGCGGCUGGCCGACUUCCAGCUGGGGCCGGAGCACGAGGAGCAGAGCCUCACAGACCUGCGGGAGCACGCAGACAUGCCCGCGGUGGCCAGCAAGCACUCGCUGCUGGACCUGCGGCUCUACCUGGAGACGCCCUGGCCCGACGCCGACAAGCCGCUGCACAAGCCGGCGCGCAACGAGAUGCUGCUCUUCUUCAAGCACUACGACCCGGAGACAGAGCAGCUGCGCUACGUGGGCCACCUCUUUGCGCCCAAGGCGGCGCGCAUGCGGGACCUGUUCCCCAUGCUGCGCGCCAUGGCGGGGCUGCCGCCCGACGCCCCGCUGCAGUGCUACGAGGAGAUCAAGUGGGAGCCCUCUAUCAUGGUGGACGCCAUCAGCGCCGCGGCCCUGCUGUACUCCAAUGCGCAGCUGGAGACGGGUGACAUCAUCGCCUUCCAGGUCGCGCAGCAGGGCGAUGGCGACGGCAGCGAGGCCGAGGGCGAGGGCGGUGCGUCGCGCUACCGCUUCCCCAUCGUGAAGGACUUCCUCAGCUGGGUCUGCAACCGUAUGCUGGUGAAGUUCAAGCGCCUUGACGCGUGGUCCCAGGAGGGCGAGGGCUUCACCCUGGAGCUGCUGAAGGGCAUGGGCUACGAUGACGUCACGGCGGAGCUGGCGCGGCACCUGGGCCUGGCCUCACCAGACCUCCUGCGCCUCACACAGCAGAACGGCUUCUCGCAGCAGCCCAUGCGCUCCGCGGUGCGCUACCGCGCCGUCAGCGACCUGGCGCGCCUGCUGUCUCACAGCAACCACCCCACGGACACGCUGUACUACGAGGUGCUGGACCUGCCCCUGCCGCAGCUGGAGGCCCUCAAGACCCUCAAGGUCAAUUUCCAUGACGAGCGCACAGCGCUCGUGGGCGAGCCCCACACCAUCCGCGUGGCGCGCGACGCCGUGGUGGGGGACGUCCUGGAGGAGCUGCGCAAGCGGCUGCCGCCGGAGCAUGCUGGCAAGCGGCUGCGGCUGCUGGAGCUGCUCCACUCCAAAAUCUUCAAGGUGUGCGACAUGACGGAGGAGGUGGGCGGCGUCAACGCGGAGUACUGGACCCUGCGCGCAGAGCCGGUGCCGCAGGACGAGCUGGAGCAGGAGCAGGAGCAGGAGCAGGAGGGGCAGGCAGACGCGGGCGGCGGCGGCGGCGGCGGCGGCGGUGGAGUUGGCGAGGGUGGCCCCCUGCUGAUCCACGUGUACCACGUUGCACCGGACCGCCAGGAGCAGCAGCACUCAACUGCAGGGAGCGGCGGAGGCGGCGCCAUCAGCGGGGCGGGCGGCGGCAAGGGCGGCAGCAAGCAGCAGCUGCAGCAGCAGCAGCAGCCACAUCAGCCGCAGCAGCAGCAGCUACAACAGCAGGACACGGAGCAGCAGGCGCCGCAGCAGCAGCGGGAGGAGCCCGCAGGGCAGCAGCAGCAGGCGGUGGUGCCGGUGCUCCCCUUUGGCGAGCCCUUCCUGCUGCGCAUCGGCCGCGCCGAGACCCUGGACUCUAUAAAGACGCGCAUCCGCACGCGGCUGGGUGUGGAGGCUGCGGCGUUUGCCAAGUGGCGCUUCUGCUUCGUGCCCGGCGGCAACCGCUCCCUGCCCGAGUACCUGGCGGACGGUGAUGUCCCUGCCGAGCGCUUCGCCACGCCCACGGCUGGCCACGCCCUGGGCGCUGACCUGCCCUUCCUGGGCUGCGAGCACGAGGACAAGGGCUCCAAGCGACCCACGGGGCACCGGGCAGCAUAUGGGUUUGAGCGCCCCGUCAAAAUUAACAGCUGA